AUGGCUGCAGCUUCUCAACCCGUUGGCCGACAACCCUACGCACCGACCGGGAUCGAAGACUGGGCCCGUUCUGAUGCUUACCACAACUCGUUCUUGAUAGGGGAGGACCCAGUUCUUGACGCCGUCGUGAAGAACAACAAGGCACAAGGCCUUCCUGACAUUGCCGUUUCGACUGCACAGGGCAAAUUGCUGAACUUGUUAGCCAAGUCGAUAGGUGCAAAGAGGAUUUUGGAGGUUGGCACUCUCGGAGGUUAUUCGACGAUCUGGCUUGCACGAGGCAUCCCUCGCGAUGGCAGGGUGGUAACAUUGGAACUGUCAGAAAAGCAUGCUCAAGUAGCACGGGAGAACAUCACCAACGCGGGGUUCGCAUCACAGGUUGAGGUGGUCGUCGGACCAGCAGCCGAAACACUGAAAUCUCUUCAACCUGACCCACCAUUCGACCUUGCCUUCAUCGACGCAGACAAACCUGGGAACCUCACCUAUUUUACAGAAGCGAAACGGCUUGUGAGGAGCGGAGGAGUCAUUAUUGUCGACAAUGUAGUUCGCAAUGGCCGUGUCGCUGACCCAUCCCUCUCGGAUGACAAUAUUGAAGGCGCCAGGAAGCUGCUAAACGGUAUCAAAGGAGACAGCGAGGUCGACGCGACGACAAUCGGUACCGUCGGUGAGAAGGGAUACGAUGGCUUCCUCUAUGCUGUCAGGAAGUGA